AUGACCGCCGAGGGGCCGAAGGCUGCCGAGAGCCGGGCGCAGUCGGCGCCGCUGCCCCUCGAGGGCGUGGACCUCAGCCCCAAGCAGGAUGAGGGCGUGCUUCAGGUCCUCGAGCGAGAGGGCACAGGCACAGAGAUGCCCAUGAUCGGGGACCGAGUCUCUGUCCACUACACGGGCUGGCUGUUCGAUGGCACCAAGUUCGACUCCAGCCUGGACCGCAAGGACAGAGUCUCCUUCGACCUGGGGAAAGGGGAGGUCAUCAAGGCUUGGGCUAUUGCUGGAGCGACCAUGAAGGAGGGGGAAGUGUGCCACAUCCCCUGCAAGCCAGAAUACGCCUACGGUUCUGCGGGCAGCGCUCCCGAGAUCCCUCCCCAGGCCACGCUUGUGUUCCAGGUGGAGUGGCGCCGUCGUGGAGGUUGCACUGGAAGGUACUCCAGAGACCAGAUCUUUGACCGCCGGGAGGUCGGCGAGGCCGAGAGUGUGGAUCUGCCUUGUGGGCUGGAGAAAGCCAUUCAGCGCAAGGAAAAAGGAGAACAUUCCAUUGUGUGUCUCAAGCCCAGCUAUGCUUUUGGCAGUGUUGGGAAGGAAAAGUUCCAGAUCCCCCCAAAUGCUGAGCUGAAGUAUAUACUCAAGAGUUUUGGGAAGGCCAAGGAGUCCCAGGAGAUAAGUUCAGAGAAGCUGGAGCAGAGCACCAUAGUGAAGGAGCGGGGCACCGUGGGCUUCCGGGAAGGCAAGUACAAGCGAGCUCUGCUGCGGUACAAGACGACUGUGUCCUGGCUGGAAUUCGAGUCGACUUCCUCUAAUGAGGACGCACAGGAGGCGCAGGCCCUUCGGCUGGCCUCGCACCUCAGCCGCAUGUGUCAUGUGAAGCGGCAAGCCUUGUCUGCUGCCGCUGAAAAUUGUAACAAGGCCCUGGAACCGCACAGCAACCAUGAGAAGGGCCUUUUCCGCCAGGGAGAGGCCCACCUGGCGGUGAACGGCUUUGACUUGGCACGGGCUGACUUCCAUAAGGUCCUGCAGCUCUACCCCAGCCGCAAAGCUGCCAAGGCCCAGCAGCGGAUCCGCAAGGAGCUUGAAUGGGAGAAGAAGCUCUAUGACAACAUAUUUGAGAGGCUAGCUGGGGAGGAGAGCAAGGCCAAGGCCACGGUCGCUGCAGGAGACCAGCCCGCUGACACGGAGGUGAAGGACGGGCCGAAGAACCGUGUGGCAGGAGGCCAGCCUCAGGUGGAGGCAGAACUGUGGCCUUGCCCAGCCCUGCUCCCGGCUGCCUGCCCCCCAGCUCCCUACCCCACAGCUCCCUACCCUACUCCCCCCUGUUGGUUCUGUAAAAACUGA